ACCAUCUUUACUCUUUUUCUAUAGAAAAAGUUGGCCCUUUCAUCUUAUUCAUUUCUCCUUCUAUGACAACUCAACAACUUGAAUCCAAAUGGGAAGGCAAAUCUAUAGUCAAUCUAAAACAUCCCAAAGCUGAACAAGUAUGGCCACUCCUUGAAGAUUUCUUCAACUUCCACAAAUGGCUACCAAACAUUGACACUUGUCACCAAAUUGAUAGUGGUAAUAAAGAUGAAAUUAUCCGCUACUGCGCUAGCACCACGCCCCCAUCGUCAGACGAUGGGGAAGCGAUCAUCAAGUGGUGUCACGAGAAGUUGUUGACGAUUGAUAAGAUAGAGCGAUGUAUCAGCUAUGAGGUCUUAGAUAAUAAUAUCGGGAUCAAGUCUUAUGUAUCUACGUUGAAAGUGUUGACAUCGGAUGGUGAUAAUGAGAGUGGAUGUCAGAUGGAAUGGUCGUUCGUUACUGAUCCGGUUGAUGGAUUGACUUUCGAAUUAUUUUCGGGUUAUGUUGACUCAUCCCUACAAGGCAUGGCUGAAAAUAUAGAAAAAGCUUUAGAAUCGCCUAAGUUAGGUGAUUUUACGAGUUCUAAUUAAAAAAUAGGAUUGAGUAAUAAAAGAUAUGUAUUGUUCCAAAUUAAGUUGAUGGUCAAGAUGGAUGUGUGAUCGAGUGGUUGAUCCAGUUGAAAGGGAUGAGAUCGGAGGAUUUGGUCAACAAAUUUUUUGUUUUCUUUUUGGAUGAGGAAACGAAAAAGGAAAAAUUGAAAUCUUAUUAAUAAAGCGGCAGUUUCGUAGCUAAUCAAUUAAAUUACUUAGAUUCUUCGUUCAUGAGUUCUUUUAUUUCCUAUGUCAUGUGAAUUCAACUUAAUAAAUUUAUCGGACACCGAUUAAUAGAAA